AUUUAACCCAGAAGGAUGCAGCUAAAGUGUUUGACUUCCCCAUACAGUUGCAUGAAGCUUGCAAAAUAAUGAAAAAAAGAAAAAAGGUUUCAGUGUGGAAUAACGUAUACAAAGACAUUUCUAGAAUGCUUGAAGAAAAUGAAAAAUACAGACUUAGGCUUAAAUGUCAAAGAUCAUCUAAUGAAAAUGCAAAUUGUACAAAAUGAAGUUUUCUGUCAUCUUCUGGAUUAACCUAUCCUUGGGUCUAUUUCCCAGUGAAGAUUAUGAAAAGUUGGAAGAUGGAACAUUAAAUGGAAUGAUAUUUAUUCAUUAUUUUGGUGUGUUUUGUUGGAAUUAGGACUUUAUAAAUUGGAUGAAAAAAUGACUUUAUAAAUUAAUGGUAUUUCUUUGCAAGUCAAUGAAAAUUUUAGUUCAAAGUUGUUAUAUGCAUGCAAGUGUUAUUUUCAGAAUUAAUACUUAUUUUGGAUACUUCAAACAAUCGUAUACAUAAAAUUUAAAUUAACAUGUCAGUACAAUUGCAUGUAUUUAUAAUUGGAAACUUUUCCUUUUCAUUAGUGAGUCUGCUAUUGCUACUUUAUACAUCCCAUCUUUUAUAUGUAACUGCUUUAAAUUAAACUUGCAUUCAUUUGAA